UGGUUGCUAAAUCCACCUCCAGUCACAUUAACUGAUCAACCAUUUACUGUCUUUGAGGCUCUUAGCUUCUACAUUUUGUUAUUUUCACUCAUCCAUAUCCUCUAUUUCUCUGGAAAAUUUGCUUUCUCCCUGUGAAAUACUUGCAACAGUUGGCUUAACAUCUGAUUCAUCUGUUGGAGUUUUACUUUUUGCGAUACUUGAGAAAAAGGGAACUGUUUAGCUUUCCGGGUUCGGUUGGAAUAUGGGGUUUUGUUGUUUUCCUGUAUUCCUUUCUUGUCUCUGUACCCUUUUCAUUUCUUUACCAGGUUCCCCACUUCUGGUCUUUCUAUUGUAAAUCUUUUCGGGUUUUCUUUAAAAUAUUAUUUCUUUGUUAAAAUUUUGUUUCCCACCCCCCACAUGCAUGUUCUUUGGUUUGUCUGAUCUGGAUUGGAUCACAAGGAUCUCUCUUUAGAGAGGGGAAGAGGCCGUGCUGGGGUUUUGAUGCUCCAGUCUCUUUGUGCAGCAUCUUGGUUUCUUUGCGGAGGAGGAAGAGCAGUAGAAAGAGGAAGAAGGUGAGAUUUCUUGGCCUAUUGGACCCUUUUCCUGGUUCGGGCGCGUAAUAUUCUUUGCUUGUGCUUCUUGAGGGUAGCUGCUGCUUUCUCGCCGUGUUAUUUUCCGCUACGUGGGUGAAACUUGAACUGGGUCUGAUUCCUCGUGGCAAAGAUUGCUAGUUAUUUCUCAUACUGUCAUCUUUGGAGCCAGUUUUGAACUGGUCCAUUUUUUCUGUUAAAAAUCCAGUGGCUUAUUGGUUGAUGGGUGUUGAUUAUGUUACUUUUUAUUUCUAGGUUAUAAUUUGGGACGGUGGUUAGCAAUCAUUUUGAAUUGAGCUUUUGUCCUGGAUGAUUGAAUUGAGGACUUGAUUGUGUAUAUUGGUGUCUGGUUUCAUCUUUAUUUACUCCCGAGGCAUGGCGGGGAUUGAUAUUUUAAAAUAUGUCCAUAGUCCUGUGCAUAAGGCAAUUGCAACAAGAGAUUAUGCCAGUCUCAAAAAGAUACUUGCUGGCCUUCCACGACUUUGUGACCCCGCUGAGAUUCGGACAGAAGCGGUUUCAUUGGUCGAGGAAGAGAAGGUUGAUGCUAUCUCUGCUGUGAUUGAUAGGCGUGAUGUCCCCAACCGUGAUACUCCUCUUCACUUGGCUGUCAAAUUGGGAGAUGAGACUGCAACCGAGAUGCUUAUGGUUGCUGGGGCUGAUUGGAGCUUGCAGAAUGAGCAGGGGUGGAGUCCACUUCAAGAGGCCAUUUGCAAUAGAGAAGAGGGGAUAGCAAUGAUCAUAGUAAGGCACUACCAGCCAUUGGCCUGGGCAAAAUGGUGUAGGAGGUUGCCUCGAUUGGUGGGGACCAUGCGACGGAUGAGAGACUUCUAUAUGGAAAUCACAUUCCAUUUUGAGAGUUCUGUCAUACCUUUCAUUUCAAGAAUUGCACCUUCAGAUACUUACAAAAUUUGGAAGAGAGGUGCAAAUUUGAGGGCGGACAUGACGUUGGCUGGUUUUGAUGGUUUUCGGAUUCAGCGUUCAGAUCAGAGUAUCCUGUUCCUUGGUGAUGGGUCUGAGGAUGGGAAAGUUCCUCCUGGAUCACUUUGCAUGAUCUCACACAAGGAGAAGGAGGUGAUGAAUGCCUUGGAUGGUGCUGGUUCUCCAGCAACUGAAGAAGAGGUUCGGCAAGAGGUGGCUGCAAUGUCUCAGACUAAUAUAUUCAGGCCAGGAAUUGAUGUGACCCAGGCAGUUCUUUUGCCACAAUUGACUUGGAGACGGCAGGAAAAAACAGAAAUAGUGGGCCUAUGGAAAGCAAAGGUCUAUGACAUGCACAAUGUGGUUGUUAGCAUCAAAUCUAGAAGGGUCCCUGGGGCAAUGACAGAUGACGAAUUCUUCUCAUCCUGCAAUGAGAAUGAAACUGAGAGUGAGGAGCUUAAUGACAUUUUGACAGAAGAAGAAAGAAGGCAACUUGAAGUUGCUCUUAAAUUGGAGUCAUCAGAAUUGAUCAAUGAGAAUGGUGAUGGGAUUAUUGCUCAUCGUCAUAGCUGUUAUGAGCAUAGAGAGGUUCCUAUUGAAGAUGGGAAUAGUUGUAGAAAUGGAGAUAUUAAACAGGAAAAGAAAGGAUGGUUUGGUGGAUGGAGGAAACGGGAUUCUAAAGUGGAAGGGCAGAGGAAAAGUGUUCCACCAAGAAGUUCUCUUUGUGUUGAUGAGAAGGUAAGUGACUUACUAGGGGACUCUCCAUCUGGAAUUCAGACUAAACCAGGAAGGCAUUCUGUUGAGAUUGUUGUGAGGGAUGAGCAUCGGAAAGGAAGAGAAACCAAGACAUCUACUUCUUUGAGUACUGAGAGCGGUAAUCGGCGCAAGGAAGGAAGCCGUGAGAAUGAAUACAAAAAGGGAUUGAGGCCUACUCUUUGGCUUUCACCAAACUUCCCAUUACAAACUGAAGAACUUCUUCCGUUGCUUGACAUCCUUGCAAAUAAGGUUAAGGCAAUUCGUCGUUUAAGAGAACUGCUUACAACCAAACUUCCAAUGGGAACAUUUCCUGUGAAGGUUGCUAUUCCAGUGGUACCAACCAUCAGAGUACUGGUUACAUUCACAAAGUUUGAAGAAUUACAGCCGCUGGAUGAAUUUGCAACACCUCCUUCAAGUCCUACGGCUGCUGGACAAGAAAGCCCAGCAGUGACACAGUCCUCAAGCUCAUCCUGGUUUCAGUGGAUAAAAGCUCCUUACCACCGCCAUAGCCCAUCAGCCGGUGGUUGUAGCAGUAGGAUAGAGAACAUUCAGGACCCAUUUGUUAUUCCUCCUGAUUAUACAUGGAUUUCGGCUGAAGCAAAGAAGAAGAAGAUGCAGGAGAAAAACAAAUCGAAGAAGGCAAAAAGUCAGAAUCGUUGAAGUUGGGGGUUGUGAGUGAAUCAAAAUGUAAAAGUAUUAGUUUGCACAAAGAACUCAGCAGGUAUCAAACAGGGAAUAGUGUUUCAUAAGACUACGAAAUUGUGAUACUGUAAGGAAAAAUAUUGUUCCCUUUGUUGAGGGAGCUCUGGUAUAUCAUUGUGGGGGUGGAAAGAAAGGAAGGAAUAUUGUGAUUCUUACAACCAUUGCUCGCCUUCAGCGGAUGCGUACCGCAUUGAGAUUGUUUUGAUUCAUUUACUUCUUAUAUGCGACUGAUUUAUUAACUCUUACAAUAGUGACUAACAAAAAAUGUAGAGAUUUCAUCUUGUGAAGAUACAAGUAAUUUACUUGUCCAAGGGGAUUCCUGGUGUUGUUAGUUUCUAAAUGUCAGGUUUAAUUAUAGAUGGUAGUGAAGAUUGGACAAAUAAAUUCAAUGUGAAAGUUGAUUCAA